CUGUCUAAUUAUCAAAUGACACCUAGUCUGUCGGGAGUAAGCUGCUGGGCUGAGACAAUAGUAGCCGAUUCUCUGGAUUAGGUGACGGGGGUUGGAGAGGGACGGGAGGGGGAAUCCAAGAGGAAGAGACAGAGAGCAUGCUCAGUCCUGAGGACAGGCUACUGGAGCACACAUGUACCUUCCCUGUGAAGGAUACACAUUCUCAGUCAUAAGCUUCUUCUCUUUUUUUUUACAAACACCCCAUGUGAAGAUAUGAGAAAGGAGAAAUUGGUGAUUUGACAAAACUGCUGUAAAGAUUCACUUUUGGACCUUGAACAGAUUCUGACAAAGGAUGCACUAAGGAAACUCAGCUUUUGGUUUGAACUUUGACGCCAUGUCUCGACUUUACAGCUGCUUUGGGGACAAAAAUUAAGACAUGAAACGUCGGACGUCAUCACAGAUCUCUGGCGUUGGAGGCAGUCCAAGUGAUUGUGAUAUCAUGGCCUCAGGAUCUCCAGACGUCACAGCCACUACUGAACCAUCAGAAGCAGCAGAAGAGUGUUCAGGGAAAAAGAAGUCCAAAUUCCAGACGUUCAAGAAUUUUUUUGUUAAGAAAAAGAGGAAGGAAAGUCCUGCUCCGUCGGGUGAGAGUGGCUUGAAGGCCAGUCAGUCGAGUGAUGAUGUCAACACCUCAGAGCCAACUAUCAGCCACGCUAACAGUGACAAUGACCGGGGAUCCAAGAUCAGCUUGGGAAACAAAGCCAUGUCACAUGAUAGUGUCUUUGUUUCUGAUUCGCCCUCAUCAGAGACUAAUGAGGGUCUGGGGGCAUCCCAAGACAACAUUCAUGGGAAAGUGAAAUCUUUACAGCUGCAGCUGAAGCAUGCGAUUUGUCUGGGCUCGCCACCAUCACUCCUCUGCGGGAGGAAAGGAGAGGACGCGGGGGCUCUUUCUGAAGAUGAUGGUCUUCCCUGCAGUCCAACGGAGUAUUCCAGCCUCCACACUGUGCUGGCCACACCUCUUCACGCGUCGGUGGAUUUGACUCAGAGUUCCUUGAGCAUGGAGGGAUCAGACAGUGAAGAUGAUCAGAUGUCUUAUGAAGCUUCUUCGAGACCCGCCACCCCUCAGGGGUCCGUCCCUGUGGAUUUCAGUCUGCCCGCCAGCUCUGUGUCCUGCUUAGACAGCUCAGCUGCCCGUCACCGCAUCGCCGUCAAAACCAACGCUUGUGCCAAGAGAAAACCUGCCAGCAGGCAAAUGCUGGACAAGAGAAGAGACCUGAGAGAAAGAGUGCUGCUCAGAGAGACAGAGGACAAACUACGAAUGGUUACAAGUAUUGGAGAAGAGGAGCAUGAAGAUUUGCCCGGAGAACAGGUUUAUGAUUCAGACCAUGAGUCCUGUGCUUCCGGACAUGAGGAUGAGGAAGUGACUGACUCCGGCCAGUGUCACAAAACCUCUCCAACAUCCUCCAUCUCAGCUGGAGAUGUUUCUGAAGGAGAUGAACAUGUUACUGGCCAGGAUCACGUCCCCAAGUCUGAGCUCCCAGAGUCCUCUUGGGAAAGUCCAGUAACACUUGAGCUGCAGGCUGAUGACUUUCUGUUGGACACAGGAUGUGAGGUCGUUCCAGAGGAGCAGGGGUCAUUGCUGGAGGAAGUGUUGAGCUCCCUAAAGAGCCCUCUUGCGUCAGGACUAGCACUGGAGCAUGAGAAUAUGGUUCUUCAGAGUGAGGUGAAAGACCUAAACAGUGAGAGCGUGGUUGAUCAGCUCGAGGAGGAAGACAACAAUGAUCUUCUCGAUCUCUCGAACCCUAUAGUUACCACAGAGGAACAGGCUCCUCUGCCUGACUCGCUUUCAGAAUCAUCUGUUGAUUCAGAAGAGAUCUCAGAGGAGACCACAGAAGAAGAGGAGCUGCUAGAGCUGCCAGAAUUUGCUGGUGAAGAGACUACUGAUGGAAGUCGCCAAGUGCCUGAUGCUGAUGUUGAGAAACAAGUAGACAAGGCUGAGAGUGCCAAAGAUGACAAAGAGCUGUUUGAAUUGCCAAAAGCUUUUACAGUAAAUGUGAAAGAAAGAGAUGAAGAUGUUAUUGAAGAAGUAGCUGAAAUAGAGAGAGAAACCAAAGAUGGUGGAGAUGAUGUUGAGAAAGAUGAUGAAUUGACGGUGUUAGAAGCUGAGAAAACUGAGAACUCUACAAAUGUUGAACUUCAAGAGGCUGGAGGUCACGCAGGUUCUCUAGAGCCUGAGAAUGAGGCUUCAGGUGACGAAAGAGAAUCAGUGGAAAUCAAUGUUGAGAGCAUUCCUGAAUCUGAUCAGACAGUCAGAGAUGAUGUCUGGAGCUCAACAGAGACUGCAGAUGCCUCUGAACCCCCACCAGAGACGCCUGUUGAGGUCCUUCUUUCUCCUGGGCUCGAGAGUCCAGUUCUCCAUUGUCAAUUCUUCAAUGCAUCAAUGUCUCCUCUAGAGCAGGAAGAGGAAGCUGAGCCCACUGAGCCAGAUGUGUCUAGUGAGCCUCAGGAAGUGUCUUCAGAAAAACUUGAGGUUGUUUCUGAGCAACAAGAUCAGCCAGUUGUUGAGUCACCAACAAGAGAAUCCACGAGCAAUGCUGAGGUUCGACCUCGUUUCACCAUCGCCCCUGCGUGGCAAAGGUCAUUGGCCUCUGGAGGCACCCAAGAGCAGUCCCAGACCAUCUCGCUGCUGCUACCAGAGGCUGUAGAAACUAAUGCUUCAUCUCCCCAAACAACUGAACUCUUUACUCCCGUAAAAGAAGAACGACCCAAACCAGCUCAAGUUCAGAGUUCCCCAACACUUCCCAUGCAGAAAGAGACAAUCCAUGUUCAAGAAGAGAUGACCCCGGAGAACCCGUUUGGCGUGCGCUUGAGAAAGACUCCUGUUCUGCACCGUUAUGGUUUAGAUGGAGAAUCACCUUGGACCCAGACGCAAACAGAGUCUUCAGGGGCGCAGGAGACACCAGAUCGUGACCAGAAUGACAGGAAGCCCGUCUUGCCAAAGAAGCCUGAUCUGCUAGUUGACACUGUGAUGUCUUCCAGGAAAAUCCCAGAUACUGUGGGAAGAACAUCUGUCGGUAGCUCAGAGUCUCCGAGCUGGAUCUCUGUGGCCAGACAGAAGCAGAAGAACUUCAUAGAACAGUCACCAGAGAGCUCACCAGAGAAACUGCCCUCACAGGGGGAUGUGAAAAGAGAGGAUCCGCUGCCCAGUUUAUCAAAUCCAGUCACCAAAGAGCAGCUAGCACAGCCAUGUUCACCUUUACAAGUGUUCUGCUCCCUUGAGCUCUCCAACACGUCCAUGCUAGAGAAGGAAAGUAAGAAGAGCACGAACCCCUCCGCUGCACCUCUGGCCCAGGAUGAGCCUCCCUGGCUGGCUCUCGCCAAGAAGAAGGCCAAAGCCUGGAGUGAAAUGCCACAGAUUGUUCAGUGAAAGGCCCAGCUGGCACAUGGAACUCAUAAGGAAACCCUUCGUAAGAACAGGAUGUCACUUCUCUGACUUUCUCAUCUAUGUGUACAUACACAUGUGAACAGUAAUAGGAAACAUAUACAGCAUAAGUUUGAUUAAUCAGCCCAGUGUCAUUUAUGUUUUUUGACAUCAUGAAGGAUAUGGAUGCACAGUAGACUGGGGCUUAUGGGUAAUACAUUGUAUUUGUAUUAUGAUUUGGUUUGCAACAAAACGCAUCCACAUAUCAUAAACAGACUGUUGCAUCACAGGUCUGAGUUAGCUAAUCAGAUGGAGUGCUUCAAACUAAGGAAAUGAGUUUUGCAUCCCCAAAAAAAAGUUUUUAUUUAGGACUUUGUGAAUACCUUCACCGCUCUUUACUAAGUAACUUUGCUAUGUUAUGCUGUACCCUUUAAAGUUAGUAUCACAGUUAUCAUGAAUGGAGCUGAAGGCGUCUUUGUAUUUAUUUAUCUCACUCUUGUAUGUUUUAUGUAUUUUUGUAUUUACGUGCACAGUUUUGUGACUUGUACAUAAAAUGUGAACUACAAAAAUAUCCAGAAAAAUAAUAAAAUGGAGUCAUGUUUAUUUGAUUAAUCCAA